AUGAAACGAGCAAACAGUGAGAAUUCGGGAGGAAGUACGGCUGAAAGCAGCGGACACAACACUCCGGAAAAUGACGAACCCGGUUUUCCUCCAACAAAACGGCUACUCGCAAGGUCUGAAGAAAGAGGUGACAGUGACACAGAAGAAAUACGACAAAAAAUGAAUGGUUGUGGACGAGUGAAUGGUGAAGCAAUUGAAGAAGAUCGAAUCGCUAUUCUUGAUUCUGGAGCCCAAUAUGGAAAAGUUAUUGAUCGACGUGUUCGUGAGCAAAAUGUCUUCUCGGAAAUGUUCCCCCUUGCCACAACUGCCAAACAAAUAUGCGAAACGGGAAAAUUCAAAGGAAUCAUUAUUUCUGGAGGGCCUAAUUCAGUGUAUGCUCCCGGUGCGCCAACGGUUGACCCAGCGAUAUUUUCUUGUGGUUUGCCGGUGUUUGGCAUUUGUUACGGAUUUCAGUUGUUAAAUAAAUGGGCUGGUGGUGGAGUGAGUCGAGAAAAAGUACGGGAAGAUGGUCAAACAGAAGUAUUGCUUACGCAUGGAGAUUCGGUGAGUCCAGCCACGGUUGCUUCAGGAUUCCGAAUUAUUGCUUCAAGUGGACAACAUGUUGCCGGUAUUGCACAUGAGAAAGAGCAUCUAUAUGGAGUGCAAUUUCAUCCCGAAGUCGAUCUAACUCUUCACGGCCGACAAAUUUUUCACAAUUUUCUCUACAACAUUUGCAAGUGUAAAGGAGGUUUCACUAUGCGAAGUCGGGAACAAAUUUGUAUUGAUGAAAUACGGCAAACUGUUGGAGAAGAAAAUAAAGUUUUGGUGCUCGUUUCUGGUGGAGUUGACUCUGCUGUCUGUGCUGCUUUAUUACACAAAUCACUUGGAAAAGACCGUGUUACAGCUAUUCACGUUGACAAUGGUUUUAUGCGCUACAACGAAUCCGAUUCGGUAAUCAAAAGUUUGAAUGCGUUGGAUUUGAAUGUGCACAGGUAUAAUUCGUGGCCAGAAUUUUUUUCUGGUACCGUGAAUUGUGAUCGAAAGGGACCAAAGCUUGAUCAAACCAUUGAUCCUGAGACAAAAAGGCAAAUCAUUGGCAACACUUUUAUGCGAGUAAAAGAUCGAGUGAUGGACGAGUUAAAUUUGAAGCAGCAUGAAUAUUUUCUUGCCCAAGGAACUCUUCGACCCGAUUUGAUAGAAAGUGCUUCGUCUCUUGCAAGUGGACACGCGGAUACAAUUAAAACGCAUCACAACGACACGGCUCUUGUCCGAGAACUUCGCAAAACGGGUCGUGUAAUUGAACCAUUAAAGGAUUUCCACAAAGAUGAAGUCAGAGAAUUGGGUAGCAGUCUUGGCCUUCCCGAUCAUAUUGUGCACAGGCAUCCAUUCCCGGGUCCAGGACUUGCGAUUCGAAUAAUUUGUGCAGAUAGACCCUAUCGAUGUGCUGACUUUGAUGAAACCUCUAUAAAACUAAACAUAUUGGCCAAUCUUGGGAGAGAAUAUCAAAGUAACGGCGAAAGAGCAUUCCGUGAUGAUAUUUGUACGUCACUCGAAGGAUGGGAUCUUUCUUUGUUGACAAAUUCACUUGAUGAGAUCCACACUACUCUACUUCCAAUUAAAUCGGUUGGUGUGCAAGGGGAUAGCAGAUCUUACUCAUAUGUGGCAGCACUCUCUUCUUCAGCAAAACCGAUUCCAUGGAUUCUAUUUGAAAAGAUCGCUUCAUUGGUGCCUAAAAUUUUGCAUAAUGUUAACAGGAUUGUUUAUGUUUUUGGAGAUCCAAUUUUAUAUCCAAUUGAGAACAUUACCAAGACUCACCUCACGAGAGAAUCGGUUCAAAAAUUGCAACUGGCUGACCAUUUGGCGACGGAUGCACUGUUUGGACGUGAUGAAAACGGAGAGAAGGACAAAUAUUUGAAUGAUGUCUCGAAAGUGGUUCAACAGAUGCCAGUGGUCAUGCUUCCCGUUCAUUUUGAUCGAGAUCCAUUUACUCAGCCGAAUUCCUAUCAGCAUUCUUUUUGUGUUCGCCCGUUUAUUACAGCCGAUUUCAUGACUGGAGUGGCAGCUCUACCAGGAAGAGAUAUACCAGAAGAGAAUCUUUUUGCAAUGGCAGAACAAAUUAAACGAUUAGUGCCAGGGACUUCUCGUGUGAUGAUCGAUCUGACGAGUAAACCACCGGGUACGACUGAGUGGGAA